AUCCGACCUUCGUGAUACAGGUUGGACAAUAUGUCUCGAAGGAGGUCUAUUCCGUACGAAAGAGUAUAUGGACCGGUACUCUUGCGUUUCCGUUCUACGCGUCUUGUCUCUCUUUCUUAGUUCUUUCGAUCCGUGUUAUUUCGUCCACGGUCUUUCUCCGCUUCAAGAGGCGCUCCGGAUGGACCAGUGGAAGGGAGGGUAGUCUGCCGAACGCGAACAGUCCCAGCGGACUUGUCGUCGCUCAUGGCGGAGUGCUCAUCUUUGUAUCCAAAGUUCUCCGCCUGGUUGGUUCUACGACAUUGUUCGGUCUCGCAUUGGCCUUAAUUUUCAGAGCCGAGGAUCGCAAAGCCAAUGCUACCGGACUAUUAUGCCUUUCAUUCCUUUAUACAUCUAUGCUGGCCCUUUUCGCUGUGUUCUCUUCAAUGUCUUCGUUGACGUUGUCUCACGUUAAUUUCGUGCUGGUGGUGUCCUGGGCCGUGUUCUUGUUCCGCGACAUCGUCCCUCUUCUGACCUACACCGAAACUCCCAUCGACCAUGGUUCGCUGGUAUGGGCGCUUUUCGGAGUAUUGACGUUCAUUGGUAUCCUUGUCCCACUCCUUACGCCACGACCGUACAUACCCUGCGAUACUGCUGACCCGAUGCCUCCGAACCCAGAACAAACUGCUUCACCGCUUUCUCGAACCCUCUUCUCCUGGCUGGACUAUGUCGUGUGGAAAGCAUACCACGCUCCUCAUCUUCCCCUCUCAGAGUUGCCCCCACUAGCCGAUGAAGACCACAUCAAGAACCUUAUGCGCACUGCAUUUCCACACCUCGACCCUCAUUGGAGUCCACAAGGGCCGGGCGGGACGGGAAGAUUCAGGUCAAAGAAAUCAUUUGGUCACUGGCGCAUGGUUCUUGCGUUGUUCAUCGUCUUCAAACGCGAGAUCGUCACCUAUUGUUUCCUCGUAGUGGUGCAGAAUCUCGUCCAGUUCAUUUCUCCGUACGUACUUCAACAUCUCUUGAUAUAUCUGGAGCACGGAGGGGAAGGCGCUAUUGUCCGCCCAUGGGUUUGGGCCAUCUCCUUGUUCCUCGCGCCCUUUGCUUACGCUCUACUCAUGACGGCGUCUCGGCGUAUCGACACGACCAUCACCGUGCGCAUGCAAUCAUUUUUCAAUCAACUCAUCCUCCAGCACGCACUGCGCAUUCGGUUGGUCGCAGACGCCACAGCUGAUUCGAAUAUAUCCUCUACCGACACUUCUACGCCCGCCCCCUCGGAGAAUACUUCAACUGCCGAAGCUUCUACGUCUACUGCUCUAUGGGACAUGGACGACGAGACUGUCACUACCGAAGUGGGGUCUGAAUCCGGAGCUACAGCCCAGGAAUCCGAGGGGUCUACAUUCGUUGCGUCCCCUGAGGCGAAAGAGGAAAAGCCCGCCAGUGUUACAUCGAAGAGUCUCGUUGGGCGUAUGAACAACCUGAUAUCUGCGGAUCUGCAGACAUUGGGGAGGGGCACAGAGGUUUUACAGAUCAUCGUAUCUGUGCCUCUUGGGUUGGCCGGCUCCCUCUGGUAUCUGUAUAAACUGCUUGGAUGGAGCACAUUUGCGGGGUUCGGGAUUAUGUUGUUGUUGCUUCCUAUCCCGACUUUCACCGCUAAACUUUUACAAGACGCCUCUCGAGAGGUGUCAAAGAAGAGCGACGAUCGUGUUGAACUUGUCACCGAAACACUUAGCGUUAUCAGGAUGGUGAAAAUGUUUGGCUGGGAGCGUAAGAUGCAUCAGUCUAUCGACGGAAAACGUAAAAUCGAGCUAGAUUGGCACUUCAAAAACAAGGUGUACUCGCUAUAUACUAUCGGGUUUCAGUUCAUUGUCCCUUGUGUGACUAUGGCUACUACCUAUAGCAUCUAUGCACUUGUGAUGAAACGAACAUUGGACGCGGCCACCGUUUUUGCCUCUAUUUCACUCUUUGAUAUUUUGCGAAACAGAAUGGGGCAAACACUCUUCACCGUGCCUGCACUUCUCAAGAGCAAGGUCUCACUAGACCGUAUUACAGACUUCCUGACUGAGACCGAACUCCUCGACGAAUAUACAGCUGUCAAGGAGGAGGUUUUAACUGACGUGGUUCUCCCAGAAGACCCUGAUGCCAUUGGCUUCGGAGCUGCUUCUUUCACCUGGUCCGAUGAGAGCGCGUCCGGCGUCUUGACACCGUCAAGGCGACAAUUCACGCUUCGAAUCGACGAUGAACUAUUGUUCAAGAGAGGGUCCAUCAAUUUGAUUGUCGGACCCACAGGUUGUGGGAAGACGUCACUUCUGAUGGCGCUGUUGGGCGAGAUGCACUUCGUACGAUCUGAUUGGAAUUCGUGGUAUAACCUUCCGAGAGAUGGUGGCAUUGCGUAUGCUGCUCAGGAGUCGUGGGUCAUGAACGCCACGAUCAAGGAAAAUAUUAUAUUCGAGACCCCACUUGAUGAGGAUCGAUACAGUCAAGUCAUACACCAAUGCGGUCUUACGCGUGACCUUUCCCUAUUCGACGCCGGGGAUGAAACGGAAGUCGGCGAGAAGGGUCUCACACUCAGUGGCGGCCAGAAGGCCCGAGUGACGCUCGCUCGAGCUGUGUACUCUUCGGCAGAGAUCAUGAUUCUGGACGAUAUUCUGGCCGCGCUGGACGUUCACACAGCAAAAUGGAUCGUAGAUAAAUGCUUGACUGGGCCCCUUGUGCAAGGAAGGACCGUGCUUCUGGUGACUCACAACAUUAGUAUGACUGCGCCGAUCGCUGACUUCGUGGUGUCCCUUGGUUCGGACGGUCGGAUCCUCAGUCAAGGGACAAUGUCGGACGCUUUGGCCAAGAACUGGAAGCUUAGAGAAGAAGCAAAGAAGGAGGAGGAAGUCGAAGAAAAAGCAGCUCAAGAUGUCGACGCACCGGCUCUUGACGGAGAAGCAGAGAGGAAAGAGGAUAAGGUGGGCGGGAAACUCGUCGUGGAAGAGGAGACUGCUGAGGGCCACAUUAGCUGGCAGUCAGUGAAGAUGUAUAUCGGAGCUUUGGGUGGUCCCAUCUUCUGGGUUCUCUUCGUGUGCUCGACAGUCUUCGAAUGCGGCAUCGAGGUAGUUCAACCUUGGAUCCUCGGACAAUGGGCCGAACAGUAUCUCACACAUCCCCCCGAAGAUGUGAAUGUUCUCUUUUAUCUUGGUAUCUACAUGAUCUGUUGUGUGACCAUGUUCGUUGUCUUUGCUGUCGGACAGAUAGUUCUGUUCAAGGGAGCUUUACGAGCUUCCAAAAUUCUUCAUCAGCGACUUAUUUCAACCGUGUUGGGAACAACACUACGAUGGCUAGACAAGACCCCGACGUCGCGAAUUAUUACGAGAUGUACUCAAGACGUUUCCUCUGUGGACUCCGCCGUCCCCGAGUCUUUGGCCAUGGUCUUUGAGUACGCAGUGAUCCUUUCUGUGCGGUUCAUCGCGGUUAUGUUCUACACACCCAAAGUCGGUCUAUUUGGGAUACUCAUCGCUGCCUUUGGAGGCAUGCUGGGGAAUAUCUAUAUCAAAGCACAGUUGUCGGUCAAGCGGGAGUUGAGCAAGGCCAAGGCACCCGUUAUAGCACACUUUGGCGCAGCCAUCGAAGGACUUGUGUCCAUUCGUGCCUAUGGUGCUCAGCAAUCCACAUUACUCAAGUCUGGCGCCAAGAUCGACGAAUACACUCGAGCGAACCGUGUCUUCAACGAUUUGAGCAGAUGGAUUGGUGUUCGCGUUAACGGCCUGGGAGGCCUAUUCGCUGCUGUUCUGGCCAUGUACUUCGUGUACAGUGACUCUGGGGUCAACCCGUCGAACACAGCCUUUACUUUGACGAUGGCGGUUUUCUUUGGCAACGUGAUCUUGUGGUUCGUUCAAUUGCUCAACCAAUUCGAAGUGAAUGGAAAUAGCCUUGAGCGCUUGCAACAAUACAUGAUCAUCGAGCAAGAGCCGCAGCCGGUCGAGGAUAGACAGCCACCUGCAUACUGGCCUUCCAGCGGCGCGCUGAAAGUCGAGAACCUUAGCGCGCGAUACUAUCCCGAUGGUCCUGAGGUAUUACAUGGCCUCUCUUUCGAGAUCAAGGCUGGAGAACGUGUCGGCAUCGUUGGACGUACAGGUAGCGGGAAGAGCUCCUUGACCUUGUCUUUGCUUCGUUGCAUAUUCACCGAGGGCGAAGUUUAUUACGACGGUCUACCGAUUUCCUCAGUCAACUUGGACUCACUUCGAAGCCACAUCACGAUCAUACCGCAAGUACCCGAACUUCUGAGCGGCACGCUCCGGCGGAACUUGGAUCCCUUCGACCAAUUUGAUGAUGCCACGCUGAACGCUGCUCUUCGUUCAGCCGGGCUUUAUUCUAUCCAGAAUGAAGGAUAUGAGAACAUGAUCACACUCGACACUAACACGGCUCGUGGUGGCAGUAAUCUUUCCGUCGGACAACGUCAGAUCAUUGCACUGGCCCGAGCGAUGGUCCGCGAAAGCAAACUGCUUAUCCUCGAUGAAGCUACGUCCGCCAUUGAUCACAAGACGGAUGCCGUGAUUCAAGCAUCGCUAAGGACCGAGCUGAAGAAGGACGUGACGGUCAUUGUCGUUGCUCACCGACUACAAACUAUCAUGGACGCUGACAAAAUCAUGGUUCUCGACGCUGGAAAGAUAGUUGAAUUCGAUAGACCAAGUGUCCUGUUAAGGAAGGAGGACAGUUUCCUCAAAUCGCUCGUAGACGAAAGCGGAGACAGGGACGCCCUGUAUGCCGCAGCUGGACUAUGAAUGCGCGGUCUCCUACUGUAGAGCAUGGACUGUGAUUCCUGCCAACUGCGGGACUAUGACCUUGAAAGAAGUCUGCUUGUUCGUUCCAAAUACACCCCAAAUACUUACUAGGGAGCGCUGCCUUCGCCAGCCGGUAACCUUGCUCGAUGGGUUGACUGCUGACCUACGCAACUCACCUGCCCAAACCAUUUUU